AUGGGAGAGCACGAUGAUCCUCAAGAACUUUACAUACGAUUGGCAACCUCUAAGUUAGCAGGUCAAUCCAGCUUUGACCGGAAGCAUGGAGUACUGACUAUUGUGCUGUGUGUUUCGUCGGCUGCACUCCUAUUGUGUGCAGUAGUAUAUGUCUACAGAAAGAAAAAGAAAAUGCCUCACAAGAAACGGCGAGAAGAUGCACAUACCUUUAAUUAUGAGGAUGAUACGAGUGUUCAGAUGGAAAACCUUGAUGAACUACCCUUUUUUAGCCAGCAUAAAAUAGUUAAGGCUACAAAUAACUUCAGCAGUGACUAUAAGAUUGGAGAAGGUGGCUUUGGUCCAGUUUACAAGGGUGUGUUGGAAGACGGACAAGUAAUAGCUAUAAAGCGGCUAUCAGAAACAUCCGAACAAGGGCUUGAUGAGUUCAGGAACGAAGUCAUUUGUAUUGCCAAACUACAACAUCGGAAUCUUGUGAAGCUCCUUGGAUAUUGCAUUCAUGGAAAAGAAAAGAUUUUGAUUUAUGAAUAUAUGGAUAAUAAAAGCUUGGACACCUACUUAUUUGAUGAAACCAGAAGUUCAAUGCUUGACUGGCGUCAACGCUUUGGUAUUAUCCAUGGUAUUGCUCGAGGUAUUCUUUAUCUACAUCAAGAUUCUUGCCUUCAAAUCAUCCACAGAGAUCUCAAGGCAGGCAAUGUCUUGUUGGAUAGUGAAAUGAAUCCAAAAAUAUCUGAUUUUGGGCUUGCUCGAAGGUUUGUUGGACAAGAUACCAUGGACAAGACAAAGAAGGUGGUUGGAACAUAUGGUUACAUUUCUCCCGAGUACGCAGUCCAUGGGAGAUUCUCUACAAAGUCAGAUGUAUUUAGCUUUGGAGUUCUAAUGUUGGAGAUUGUGAGUGGAAAGAAAAACAGAGGGUUCUCUCAUGAAGGUCAAAGUGACAAUCUUCUUGGACAUUCUUGGAGACUCUAUAUAGAGGACAAUUCUAUUGAACUCGUGAAUGCAUCUAUACGCAAAUUAUGUGUCAUCUCUGAAGUACUACGGUCGAUACAUGUUGCAUUAUUAUGUGUGCAACAUCAUGCAGAAGAUAGACCAACCAUGUUGUCAGUGGUUUUGAUGCUAACUAGUAAUGGUGUAUUGCCUCCACCUAAAGAACCAGCUUUUUGGAGUGAAGAAAGUUAUCGUCAACUUGGCUCUGUUUCAUCGAUGGAUGAAUGCAUGCUAACACUAUUGUAUGCUACAUAGAAAGAAAACAUGUGUGCAUGCCAUAUUUUUUAAUACCCAAUGUCCACAAAUCUACCUAUCAUCACCUUUUGUUGCUUUUAUUUUGCCGUUAACCAUAUCUUCAUCGUAUGAUUUGUAUGUAGCAUAUAAUAGUGUUAACGUUAUGUUAUAAUCAC